UUGGUUGAGAAUAAAGAAAUGGAGGAUUCAAAUGACCUAAACACAUUUAGUGAAUGUAUUUCUUUGUCUGCUGAUGAUCAGGAAACAUGUUUGACACCUGAAAUCAAUGAUUUUGUUAUUCUUAGCAAUUCCUCUAAUCAGGAACUACUUUGUUUUUCACCACCUCUUGUUGAACAAGGUGUUGAUGUAGCAGCUAUAAUAGACACCCCUAAUGCAGUUGACAGAGGCCCUGACAAUAUCAGAAAUAUUGGUCUUGAAUGUGAUAAAGAGGACCCUUUUACCAACAUACCAAAAAUAAAGAUAGAUGACUCUGAGAACCAAGAACAAGACGAUCAGAUUGUUUCAGAUUGUUGCCAGAUUGGAGAUUCAAGCCCAGAAAAAGCAGAAGACGACCCUCAUGUUGGCUGUUGUUCCACAGAAAUUGGGCUUAAAAACACUAAAUCAGAGCUGAAAAAUGUUGAAAACAAAAAAGAAUCUGUUUCCCCAGAGACGCAGCAUGAGGCGGUCUCAUCGCUUGGGGCGUUUGAAGGUGCGGAUGCAGACAAAGAUGCAACAGAUGGUGAGAAUAAAACAGCUGUUGAAUCAUCGUGAGGAUGAGUACAAACCUCAGGAUGUACCAACUUCAGACUGUGGAAGCUCUUCCCAUGAAGAUGAGCCAUGUCAUGAGACUGUGGUUGAUCCGUCAGUGCUGGAGGAGACAGGUGACCCUGGUGUUGAGGGUGCUGAGGUUAGUUGUUUACCAAAUAACUCUUAUCACCAUAAACAGGAAGUUCAAGACUCAGGCUCUGAACGUUUAACCGCUGAAAUAAAGGAUGAGCAUGCUGACUGUGCACAUGACAGCCCGGAACAUCUAGAUGAAGAUGGUGAUUGUGAGGACCAGGAUUGCUCUCUCCCGAAACUACAGGCUUUGUAUAACACUGCCACAGAGGAGAACAUCCUCCUGCAUGAGAAGAUUUCUCUGCUUCAACAGAAGACAGAAAUACUAGAGAAUCUUCUGGCUCAUAACAGUGAAAAAGCCAAAACUGGCCACCAGGUUUUGGAGGAAAACUACAGCCUCAAAGUUAAAAUGAUACUGCUAAUGGAGCAUGUGAGAGAGCUCGAGAUGAAGGCCUUAAAAAUGACAGCUCUUCAGAUUCGAUAUGAGGAUUGCAUGUGUGAAAAUGCCAAACUGAAGGACCAAAACAGCGAGCUUGAACAGAGGGUUUGGAGCCUUGAAAGCAGGAUGAAUAUUUUCCCUGAUUUCCAAGAUCAACAGAUUUCACUCAUGGAUGAGAUCAGCAGGAUGAGGGAAGAAAAUGGCAAGCUGUCAGAGCUGUUCGGUGAACUGGAGAGGCAGUACGAGACUCUCUCAGCUGUCCAUCCAGAAGAGGAGGAUUUACUGGAUCUGACCAGUCAGCUGGAGGUCAAAGUUCAGGCAGCGAGUGACCUCGAGGACUGCUGCGAAGAGUUUGAGAAGCACAACACCAAACUUCGCAGAGCCGUCACAGAGCUCCAGGACAAGUCGCAGACAUUAAAUGAAACCACACAGGCCCAUAGGUAACGUGGAGAAAACUAGGAUCCCGUCCUCCUGUGUCCUCUGUGGCUUCUCGUGGUCCCAUCCCUGUGGUGCUUUGAUUUUUUUAGGAGCGCUCCUCCUUUCAUAGCACUGUUUGUACCUGUGAUUAGUGUCUUAAUGUUCCCAAACCUUUGCGCGAUGUAACAGAUUUUGAUCCCUGUAGAUCGCCAGUAGAAGGAAAUCGCAAGUUCAGUGUGUGUAUUUUGUAGAAAAUAGUACAGAAUUCAGAAUUGCAGAGAAUAUAUUUUACUACAUAUUGA